GUGAGGCAUGGCAAUUGGCAAGUUAACACAGACAAGGAUUUGUUUCAAAUCCAGUCCAAUGAAUUUUGUUUGUUGAAUUUCCGAUUGAUCGAUAAAGCUGUGAUUAGAAUUAAGAAAGAAAAGAAUUACUAACAAAGUUGCAGUUAUUUUUCUUGCCCCAUUUUUUGAUAUAAUUUGCUAUAAGUAAAAAAAAAGUAUAGGUCAUGGCCACCACUGUUGCUACACAAAAGAAAGCCAUAAGUUCCAAUAAUGCUCCCACUGGCGGAGUACGAAAAAAAUCUGGCCCCAAGUUCGAAUUAUCGGAGGAACAGAGACGAGAUAUAAAAGAAGCCUUUGAUUUGUUUGAUACUGAAAACACAGGUAAAAUUGAUACUAAGGAGCUCAAGGUGGCCAUAAGAGCGCUUGGUUUUGAACCUAAGAAAGAGGAGAUAAAAAAGAUGAUUGCUGAAAUAGAUAAAGGUGAUGGAAAAGUAUCAUUCCAAGAUUUCCUCGAUUUGAUGACUGUGAAAAUGGCUGAAAAAGAUACAAAGGAAGAAAUAAUGAAAGCAUUUAAACUUUUUGAUGAUGAUGAAACAGGUAAAAUUUCAUUUAAAAAUCUCAAACGAGUGGCUAAAGAACUUGGUGAAAAUUUAACAGAUGAAGAACUUCAUGAAAUGAUUGAUGAAGCUGACAGAGAUGGAGAUGGGGAAAUUAACCAAGAAGAGUUCUUGCGAAUCAUGAAAAAAACAAGUCUGUAUUAAAAUAAAUUUAUUUUAACCGUCAACCAGAAGUGGUCUGUUCAGUUUUUGAAUUGUGAGUUAUGUAAAAUAUUAGUGCUUAUUGCAAUUUUUUUUACAGAAUCUGAGAUAAUUUAUUUUCUUUGAAUGUGAAUAUGUUGAAUGUACCACUCUAUCUGUGUACUUAAAAGAAUCGUGAUACUGAUUGGUGUUGUUGACUCAUUGACAUGGGAAUAAUAUAAGAUAAAUUUUAUUCCUAUUUCUAUGUAUUCAAUCCAAACAUACAGUACAACAAGGUAUUUGUUUUAUCCCGCCUAUUUAAAAAUAUUGUCAUUUACUAGGUGUCUAAGAUAUAAGGCCUUCUGUAGCAUAGUGUUAUUGUGUUCAAUAUUUUUUUUCUUGUAUAUAUAUAUUCACUAAUGACACAAAUAUUACCAAAGAACUACAUUCCAUAAUUUGCACCUACCAUUUUAUGUUAACUUUAGCUUAUUGUUAAGCAUACCCUGUUUACAUGCAUACUUGAGCAUAACAUUGACAUAUACAUAUAAUAAAAAAGUAUGCUGGACCAAAUAUUCUAUAGAAAAUCCCCCAUUCGAAGACCCCAGCAUACUGGGUACAAAUAGCAAAUAGUAGUCAUGAUAAAACCUCAAAAGAAAAACAUAAUCUAUGCAUUUUCCAUUUGUCAUAUGAUCUUAAUUUAUGAAGUUGGUGAGUAAUAUACCUAGUUCAUUUUCAAAUCGAAGUUAUCAGAUGAGGAAGUGGAAUAACAAAUAGUUCCAAAUAUGCUUUUGUCAAUAUAUACCAAUAUAUUGAUCAAAGAAAGCAGGUCCAGAUAAAUUAUAGAUAUAUAAUUAAUGACUACUAUUACUGUAAUUGGAAUGCCCUUUAACAUAAUAUAGACAAAGCAAUCUAUUUCAAGGUAGUAAAAUAAACUUAUUGACUUUUCAAGAUUGCAAUUAUUUUCAGUUUCAUUCAUCAUUUCCACAAACUAUCUUACAAAAUACUUGAUUGAUAAUAUAAUCAAGGCAUAUAGGUUAUACUGAUUUCAUAUCAAUUUUAUAAUGAAACAAUUUUAUAAAAACAAAUGGAGUGUUAACUAUAUAGUUCUAUAUUUUGUUAUGCAAAAUGUUUAGAUCUAAUCUAAAAUAUAUGUAAGCUAAUAAAUUUAUGGCACAUUGCA